GAAUCCAUAGCGAAUGAAGGAAGUAAUCAUGGGAUUGUUGCAGUGAUCCAAGGAGAGAUGGGGGAUGAGGUAGACUCCGGCGUGGAGAUGCUUGGAACGUCCGCCAUCAUCGCUGCUUACGCGUCAAUGGUGUUGUCCGAUGUGGGGGCGGCUAUGGUGGAGGAACAAGUUGUGGGCGCUGGGUUAGGGAUUUUUGGCAUGGAGUCCUGCAUUGUGGGGCGUGCAGUGCAGAGUGGGGCAAGCGAAGGAGGCGCUGCGUCAAGCGAGCAGGCUCUAGGUGCUGUUGCUGUCCAGGCGCUGGGCACCUUUAUUGGUCGUGCAGGGGGCGAGCAGAUCACUUGGCAAGCGAGCAGGAGAGGGUGA